UAUUAGUGUUAUUAUAAAGAUAAUAUUGAUCAUGGUUAAAAAUGAUUUGAUGUUAAUUUUAUGUAUCAUGGUUGUUGUACUAUAAUGACAACAAAAAUAUCUAUAACACCUGUAAAAAAAAUACGAAAACAAGCCAAUGUUUUUGGACAAAACAAAAGAAAAGAUGGUCUUUAUAAUUCAAAAACAUCUCGCCCUCAAGCUUUGAACUCUCAAAAUUUGACCACCUUGGUUUCUACAUUCACUAAACAAGAACAAUCAACUCCAAUAUUAUGGGCAUCAACUCAUUUAAAUUAUAAUGGAUUUGUUAUUCGAAAGAAAAGUGAUUCUCCGCCUUUGCAAACAUCCAAAAAAUCAUCACAAACAACAAAAGCAAUAAAAUUUCUCAACAGUCAUGAGACACAGAAAAACAAACUAAAACUAAAACCAAAAAUAUCUUUAAACAGUACCCAUGUACAACAGAUUCCUAUAAAGCCUGGUAUAAAAACAAGUGCAGAUCAGUUAACUGAUAAUUUGUUGAAUUGUUCUUAUAAAGGUUCUUUAAAUAUUAAUACGUCAAGCUUUGCUGACACUAAACCAGUUAAUGUUUUAACUGAUGUACAAACACAAUUUUAUCAUAAUGAUGCAACAGAUAAUGGUAACUCAGUUGUUAGGUAUUCUUCUGAAAAUUCUGAAAAUAUAAAAUCUAGAUCAUCUAAAUGUUUUAAGUCUAAUCAAGAUAUUCCUAACCAUUUUUGCCCUAAAUGUGGCGCUCUAAUGUGGAAAGAAAAAAAUGAGCCUUACAUUAUUGUCCCUUGUGGUCAUUCUAUUUGUUUAUCUUGUUUACCUGGACAAACUCAUUGUAUUGUAUGUAACUGUCAAAUAACAGGAUCAGAACAGAACAAAAGUUUAUUGUCAAUUAUUGAUAAAGUUCAAAUUUCCAAAAUUCAAUUAGGGCUUGAAAAUAAAGAAAAAGAAGUUCACUAUUAUAUUGCACAAUUUCAAUCAAUAAAUAAAGAGAUAAAACUUGUUCAAGAAGAAAAUAGCAGUAUUUUAAAUAAGACUGCAGCAGUGGAAGCUGAGUUGUUAAAGCUAAAAGAUGACGUUGAAGGAAUAGAAGAAAAAAGUUUUUGCUUGAAGAAUAAAAUGAAGUUAUUAGCAAAUAAGUUAACAAAUUUAGAAAGUGAACAUGCUUCAAAAACUGUACAACAGACUGGACUUGAGCAAGAGUGUAGUACUCUUAAGAUGAAAUUUAUAAGUUCAAAAGAAAGAAUAAUUAAGCUUGAAAAUACUCGUGACAAGGUGAAGUUUUUAGUUGAGGGUUUGUGCCCUAGUUUACGUUUAAAAGACUAUUUUUUUAAGUAAUCAUUUUAAGUGAAUAUCUAAGUGGUUAUUUAAAGUGAAUAUUUUAUUACUAACUUUUGAACUUUAAUUUUGAAUAAAAAUUUUUCAAAUGU